AAAUACAAUAAUUAACUUUGAAUUAAACAUUUUUUACACUAAUAUAUAAUUAUUCAUAUAUAUUAUACUAAUUACCUAAUAAAUGUAUCAAUAAUAAAAAUAAAAAUUAUAUGUCCGUUUAUAAGUAAGUACCUACCGUAUAACGACUUAACUACCUAUUUAAAAAAAAAAUCGUUAACACUAUCAAAACCUAAUAAUAAUUUAUUUAUUAUUAAAAUCAAGAUUAUUAGCAUUUACGAGGAAGGGUUUAUGUUAAUAUUUAUUGAGAAAGAUCUUAUAUUUUUUACUUUUUGAAAUGUCUUCUUUGUAUAAUAAAUUACUGAAUUAUAUACCUACAUGCCAUAUUUUUCUAAUUUGGUGUUUCCGGGCCCCGGCGUAAUUAAAAUAUGCAGUAGGUAGGUAGGUAUACAAAUAACUUACCAGUUUCUAUUAUUUUCCAAUAUUGCUAGCUCUUACGUACGGCUUAUAUAUUUUUGGAUAUCAGUUUCACAUAUAUUUUCCUAUUCAACUUGAGUUACUCGACUAUAAUCUCAGUCAUAACUUGUAAAACAACGGGAAUGUGGUUACAACAGUUUAUACUGUUUAUAGUGUCAAUUAAUAAAAAAUGUAUGUAUAAAAAAAAAAUUGCUGGUUUUAAUACAGCAUUGUACUUGAAUAAUAUAUUUUUUACCAGUAGGUACGUCGCCAAGUAAUAUUUAUUUUGUACUUAUGAUACUUAACUAUAAUAAUAUAUUAGUCGUUGUUGAUUUAGCACCAAAUAUUUUUGAUCUCCAUUUUUUAUAUUUAACGAAGGAAUCGAAGGAUAUGUUAUUGAGUUGUUAAUAUUCAGUUAUUUGUUAAAACUAAAUAUGAGUAACUACCAGGAAAACAUAAAAUACUUGAUCCAAAGGCCGAAAACACCAGUGAUCAAACCUCCGAUGCAUCGUUCAAUGUUUAAUAGUUCUAUACGAAGGGAAUUCAAAUUAAACAAAGGUUGUCACCAAACAAUGGGCUAUGCUGAAGUUAAAGUCAAUGAGCCGUCUGAGUUUUUAAAGAAAAAAUCUAGAAAAGUUAUUAGACCAUUUGUCGAAAAUACUAAAACAAGUAUCAAAAAUCCAGUUCAGUGUUCAUGUUACCCUAAUAAACCAUCAUCGACAAAAAAAAACUCGAGAAAUUUCUUGCGUGAAAACAUUGUUGACGUGGUAAGAAAGGUACCACCCUUGCCGAAACAUCGGGUUCAAGACAGUCGAGACGGACACACAAUAGUUCUGGAUGAAUCAGGCUUAGAGCCUUUGUACGUGUUAAAGAAGCCGUAUUAAAAUUUAAAAUAUUACUUUUUUAAAUAAAAAUUUUUUACGAUUGGAGGAUUUCGGAAAAUUGCCCUUAUAUAUUGAAAAAAUUUUCAAAAAAAAAGAAACCGUUAGGCAGAAAGAGGUCGAACGAAUACAGGCGAUCAA